UUUUGUGGGUAUAAAAGGUUGUGGAUGUUGGGAUGGAUCGUCAGUCAGUCAAGAUGAGAGCCAUAGCGGUGAUCUUCGCGUGUUGUGCUAUUGCACUCGCAAGUGGUUAUUAUAUGGUGAAAGAUGUGAAGUACGCCGAUAAAGAUUUCCUGUACAAGCAGAAGGCCAUCCUCGAGGUGCUGCAGCAUGUCCAUCAACAUGAAGUUCAUACUCAGCUGUGGGAAGACUCCAAGCAAUACGUCAUCAGCGAACACUUCAAUGACUACACCAAUAUGACGGCCGUUAAAGAGUUCUGGACGAUGUACGAAGUUGGUAUGCUGCCAUUUGAUGACAUCUUCAGCAUCUUCAGCGAGAUUCACAGAACACAGGUGAUCAGCCUGUUCAAUCUGUUCUACUACGCUAAGGACUGGGAUGUCUUCUACAAGUCCAUGGUAUGGGCUCGUUUCCACAUGAACGAAGGCAUGUUCGUCUACGCCUUGACCGCUGCCGUACUCCAUCGCAAGGACAUGAGUGGAAUCAUCCUCCCAGCUCCAUAUGAAAUCUACCCCUACUACUUCUUCAACAGCGAAGUCAUCACAUUGGCUCAGCAGUAUAAGAUGCAAGGCUUCUACGGCAUGAAGAAAUACGGUGACAUCUACACCGUCACCAUCCCAUCCAACUACACCGGCUGGUACAAACACUCAAAUCCCGAACAGAAGAUCUCCUACUUCACCGAAGAUAUCGGCCUCAACAGCUACUACUACUACUUCCAAAUGGACUAUCCCUUCUGGUUGGGAGGCAAGGAAUUCGGUCUCUAUGCCGAUCGCCGUGGUGAAUUCUACCUGUACCAGUAUCAGCAAUUCUUGGCCCGUUACUACCUGGAACGUCUAUCCAAUGACAUGGGCAUCAUUCCCGAAUUCAGUUGGUAUGAACCCAUCAAGACUGGCUACUAUCCCGACCUUCGCUACUACAACGGUGUCUACUUCCCAACCCGUGAAAACUACUACAACUUGUACACUGAGUACAACUACUACUACAUUCAGAUGAUUGAGAUGUACGAGCAGCGCAUCAUGGAUGCCAUUGAUCUUGGCUUCUUCUACCUGUCUGAUGGAACCCGCAUUGAUCUCACCAAGCCCGAGUCCAUUGAAUACCUUGGCAAUCUCUUCCAGUCCAACCCUGAUAGCAAAAACACCCGCAUGUACGGAUACAUGGAACUGUACGCCAAGAUGCUCCUAUCUGCCUCACCUGAGCACUUCGAAACCUACAAGAUGAUCCCUGGUGUUAUGGAACAAUUCGAAACUGCCAUGCGUGACCCUGUCUUCUACCAAUUGUACAAGAGAUUCAUCAAGAUCUACUGGCAAUUCAAGGAUCACCUCCCAUCCUACACCUACGAUGAAAUCUACUUCCCAGGUGUUAAGAUUGACAACAUCGAGGUUGACAAGCUCGUGACCUACUUCGACAAAUUCGAAGCUGACAUCACCAACGCCGUUGAUAUUGAGGUUUACGAUGAGAAAAUGCCCAUGUCUGAAAUGAAGAAGUUCGGAAAGAUCGCUCACUACCAGGGUGAGGACUUUGUCAUCAAGGCCAGCCAGUACCGUCUCAACCACCUGCCAUUCACACUCAAAUUGGACGUCACAUCCCAGAAGGCCAUGAAGGCUUUGGUAAAGGUCUUCCUUGGACCCAAAUACGACACCUACGGCAACCUGUACACCAUCAGUGAGAACCGUGAAAACUUCUGGGAAUUGGACAGCUGGAUUGUGGACCUCAAGGUUGGCAUGAACAAAAUUGUGCACCAAUCAAGCGACUUCACAUGGUUCGUCAAGGAUCGCACCACCUACUACGAACUCUACAAGUACGUAAUGAUGGCCCUCAAGGGUGACUACAAAUUCCCUCUGGACAUGAGCGAGGCCCACUGUGGUUUCCCAAGCCGACUGAUGCUACCCAAGGGCAAGAAGGGUGGUAUGCCAUACCAACUCUUCUUCUACGUCGCCCCAUACGUUGCACCAAAGGUUGAGCAAUUCACUUCCUACGAUGAAAUGCUAAGCUGUGGUGUUGGCUCUGGUGCUCGCUACAACUCCGCCUAUCCAUUCGGCUAUCCACUUGACCGCGAGAUCAACGAAGUGUACUGGAACACACCCAACAUGAUGUACUACGAUGUGUUGAUCUUCCACAAGACUGACACGGAAAUCAAUGCUGUGUACUAAAAAUCUCAUUCAACACCUGAUACUCCAUUUAUCUCCCAUCUGUGGAGAAAAAUUGACGUGUGACCCCCAUUAUAGUAGUUUUAGUUCUCAUUAAGUGUGCAAGAUGAUGCAAUGAAAAAAUCUACAAAAAAAGUCGCAGGAGAAGAAUACGAAAUAAAAUGUAAAAUAUA